CAACACAGCACAGGUCAACUUAUGUAUCAGUCUGCUUUUGGCCCACCUCCUCUUUCUUUUCAAAGGGGGAUUCCUAAAGUACAUACGCACUAAUCAGGUGGUGUGUGCUGUGCUGGCAGGCUUUCUACACUUUCUCUUCCUCUCUUCUUUUGUCUGGAUGUUCAUUGAUGCUGUUCUGCUCUUCAUCUCUGCAAAUAACCUCACAAAGAUCAGUUCAAGGCAGAAGAAGAUGCUUGGCUGGAAAUAUCUGACUGUGAUUGGAUACGCUAUUCCUCUGCUUGUGGUGGGUGUGUCUGUUGCAGCGGUGCCUGAUGGAUACAGCAGUGAAGAAUGCUGGCUUACCAAUAACAGAGGCUUUUACUGGAGUUUCUUGGGCCUUGUGUAUUUUAUACUUGCAGUAAAUAUGAUUCUCUUCAUCGCCAUCAUCAUCACUGUCACUUUCAGUCUGAAAAGCCUAAACAAUGAGAUCCUGCAGAGCAAACAAACUCAGGAUGAUAAGAAACUCAUCAGAACUGUGCUGUUUAAAACCAUGGCCCAGUUUUUCAUCCUCGGUUGCCCCUGGAUACUGGGUUUGUCCAUCAGUAGCAGUAUCGUACUGGAGAUCAUCUUUGUGAUUCUCAUCUCCCAGCAGGGCACCGUAAUCUUCCUGGUCCACUGUGUCCUCAACAAAGAGGUCAGGCAGCAGUACAGGCAGUGGUUACACACUUGCUGUCCAUGCAAAAAGGCCACCAACAUUAAAGAUGACCAAAUGACAGAAGCAACAUGUCCAUCUACUAAUGCCCACUCAGCUUGAUGACAACAUCGAAAAAUUACAUGAA